CCAUUCCUGCUCCUGUCUGCCGUCCGCCGCCCCUGAGAGGCAAAAAUGUCAAGGUGAUUCUGGGACAGACGCCGCCUUGCCUGAGUGGAUGCUGACUCUGGAAUUCGGUGACCCUCCAGGGACGGGCGGACAGUCAGGUGGAACUUGGUCGGGAAGGGAUUGCACGGGACCGAGGCUGGUCUGUGUAUUUGGGACUUGUGGGGUACUCACAGGUCUCCUGGCAAGUCUGGAGGGCACCGAGGCCCAGCAGACCACCCUGUACCCACUUGUGGGCCGCGUCUUCGUGCACACCUUGGACCACGCGACCUUCCUGCGCCUUCCGGAGCAUGUUGCUGUCCCACCCACCGUCUCCAUCACCUACCAUGCCCACCUCCAGGGACACCCAGACCUGCCCCGGUGGCUCCGCUACACCCAGCGCAGCCCCCGCCACCCGGGGUUCCUCUACGGCUCUGCCACCCCAGAAGACCGCGGGCGCCAGAUCAUCGAGGUCACAGCCUACAAUCGGGUCAGCUUUGACACCACUCGGCAGAGGCUGGUGCUGGUGAUCGGAGACCCAGAAGGCCCCCUGCUGCCCUACCAAGCCGAGUUCCUGGUGUGUAGCCACGAUGUGGAGGAGGUGCUGCCCUCCACGCCUGCCAGCCGCUUCCUCAUGGCCUUGGGGGGGCUCUGGGAGCCAGGAGAGCUCCAGCUGCUCAACAUCACUUCCGCCUUGGACCGCGGGGGCCGUGUCCCCCUUCCCAUUGAGGGCCGCAAAGAAGGGGUGUACAUCAAGGUGGGCUCAGCCUCGCCCUUCUCUACCUGCCUGAAGAUGGUGGCAUCCCCCGACAGCCACGCCCGCUGCGCCCAGGGCCAGCCUCCACUUCUGUCCUGCUAUGACACCUUGGCACCCCACUUCCGCGUUGACUGGUGCAAUGUGACCCUGGUGGACAAGUCGGUUCCAGAGCCCGCAGAUGAGGUGUCCACCCCAGGUGACGGGAUCCUGGAGCACGACCCAUUCUUCUGCCCACCCACGGAGGCCCCGGACCGUGACUUCCUGGCGGAUGCCCUGGUCACCCUCCUGGUCCCCCUGCUGGUGGCCCUGCUGCUCACCUUGCUGCUAGCCUACGUUAUGUGCUGCCGGCGGGAGGGACGGCUGAAGAGAGACCUGGCUACCUCUGACAUCCAGAUGGUUCACCACUGCACCAUUCACGGGAACGCAGAGGAGCUGCGGCAGAUGGCGGCCAGCCGCGAGGUGCCCCGGCCACUCUCCACCUUGCCCAUGUUCAACGUGCGCACGGGCGAGCGGCUGCCUCCCCGUGUGGACAGCGCCCAGGUGCCCCUCAUCCUGGACCAGCACUGACGCCCCGGUCAG